CAGCGACCUGCGGCUGAUGCACCGAUGAGUCUCCUCGUUAUUGAUUAACCGCGCCCCGCGUGACACCCGACGAGCCGAGCAUGCCGAGAUAGAGAGCGUCCCACUCGCGCUCCCUCCCACUAUGGCACGCGACGGUCCCCACGCGGAGGAUUUCCCGGACAAAGUGAUGCCCGGAGCGGCGCCCUGCACGUGCGGCAAGAAGUGCAGGGGUCGCGGCGGCAGCGUUGUCUUCCUGGGAUUAUUCCUGCUGUCGCUGUCCCUGCACGCCAUCACCCUCGUCUGCUACCUGGACCUGCGCUCCGAAGUCAAGCGGGAGAUUAUCCACCAGAAGCGGGACUCCGUGUUGACGCUGAGCGGGGUUGACCCGGCUGACCCGGCGGCGGUGCUCUCGCUCGGCCCCCCGCGGCUGGACUCCGGCGGCAGAGGAGCAGCAGGAGGCGGCAGCGGAGGAGACGGAGGAGACGGUCAUGAGGAGAGGUUACUGCACAGAAAUAGCGACUUCCGUGCCACAAAGGAUAACAGGGGCAUAACUCAACGAGCGAAAAGGAGUCCCGGCAAGCCGCCAGAUUCAGAAUCGACUGGAGGGAGAAGGAAAGAGAGGAAAAAAGGGAGGAAAAGGUCUGUGCCAGGCCCCCCUGGCCCCCCCGGUCCCCCAGGCCCACAGGGCCCACCGGGCAUCCCUGGAAUACCUGGUAUCCCAGGAAGCAUUGGUGUGGGGCCUGCAGGACCUCCUGGACCUCCAGGGCCACAGGGACCUCCGGGCGCUCAAGGUCCAGCAGGGGUUCUGGAUAAAACUAAAACAAAGGAAUUCCAGCCUGCAGUGGUUCACUUGCAAGGGCAGGAAACAACCAUCCAAGUGAGAGAAGAUCUGUCUGAAGGCAUCCUUAGGAACUGGAAGAUGGUGUCCAUCCACCACCGUGUGUUUAAAAUGCACCCUCGCUCUGGAGAGCUGGAGGUGCUGGUGGACGGUGUCUACUUCAUAUAUAGUCAGGUAGAAGUGUACUACCUCAACUUCACCGACAUUGCCAGCUAUGAGGUGAUGGUGGACUCCAACCCGUUCCUCCGGUGCACGUGCAGCAUUGAGACGGGCCAGCGCAAAUUCAACACCUGCUACACGGCCGGAGUGAGCCUGCUCCGCGCCGGCCAGAGGAUUUCCAUACGUAUAGUGUAUGAGGACACGCUCAUUAGCAUGACCAACCACACCACCUUCCUGGGAAGUGUCAGACUUGGAGAGGCUCCAUCUGCUGGACAGAACUGAUAACUACACAGCCACCAGGCCUCUUACGGAGAAGAAUGAAACGUUGCUCACAACGGACAAAUCAGUCCAGAGACACACUGUCCUCUCUUCCUGCUUGAUCUAGGAUUAAUAAAUUGACAAGAUCUGUUUUAAAAGCAACUACUAGUCCACCUGUUGCCCCAAGGGCAGGGCACUUAACUCCCACUAGGUUAUUAAAGUUCAGGAAGCCCCUGGGUGACUUUAGUUCACUUUCACAGCUCUGUAUCAAAAAGGACAGUUUAGACUGUUAUGCUUCACCUCACCUUGAUUCUGUGCAAAGAGCAUCAGACUUGAUGCGCCAAGUGUCCUUAUCAGACAAAAGUAUAUUUAUAGUUGCCAUGUUGUCUCCAGAAAGACCGCAUCUCUCUCUAGGAAUGACACUGCGCUGAGAGAUACUUAAUAUUUACAACCUUUGAGUGCUGUUGAAUGAUAAUCUUGUAUCUCCAAAAAUAACAUCUAACCCUCUGUUUGAAAUAUUUUCAUGCAGUUUGUACACCUUUUUUAAUAAAUUUAAUUCUAUUAACAGUUGUAAGUGGGUGGUUUAACAGGGGUUUCUAAGUUCCAUAUGCUCCUGGGUUAUAAAAAAAUAACGAGAAGAUCAUAUAAAUGUUCAAAGCAAGUACAAAGUUGCUGAGAAAAUCCAUUAAAACUGGAGUUAUAAGGUAUUCACAGAGCAACAGCACUAUAUAUUUUGCGCACAUUUGCACUACAGCAUCCCUGCAGAAUAUCAGUGAUAUGUUUUGUUACAGUGCUAUUGUUUAGUUACCAUAUGAAUGAAUCCAUGUGGACAAAUUAUAAUUGUUUAUACGUCUCUGUACAUAUUGUAUAUAAAAUGGGAUAUACUUUUGUAAAUGGAGUUGAUUGAUGGAUUAAAAUGUUUCAUUUUCUGUCUAAA